CUUUCUGGAACUUUCCAUACGCCACACGGCAUACUCAUUGGUGGCCGUCGGAUGCCGGCAUCCGACGGCUGGAGAGCUUAAACCGGUCUCUUUUUGGCGAGGAGGUGAAGCGCGAUUAGGGAUUUUUCCAUCCAGCUCCGGCCGCGAGGCGCAGCGUCCAGAUCUAGAGCUCCUCUCUCGGAUUGCGAGGUAAAACUCCGCGAGGAUGAGCGUAGUAGGGCUAGAUGUCGGCAACGAGAACUGCAUCGUGGGAGUGGCCCGGCAGCGCGGGAUUGAUGUGGUGCUCAACGAUGAAUCCAAGCGCGAGACGCCGGGGAUGGUGUCCUUCAGUGAGAAGCAGCGGUUUCUUGGCACGGCGGCCGCGGCAUCAGCUACAAUGAACCCUAGGAACACAGUGUCGCAGAUCAAGAGGCUGAUUGGGAGGAGAUUUGCCGACCCCGAGGUCCAGAAGGAUUUGCAGCUCCUGCCCUUUAAUGUGACCGAGGCCGCCGAUGGGACCUGCCUGAUCCAUGUCCGCUACCUCGGAGAGGUGAAAGCCUUCACGCCGACACAGAUUCUCGGCAUGGUUCUCUCCAAUCUCAAGACCAUCGCCGAGACGAAUCUGGGGACCCAUGUCGUCGACUGUGUCAUUGGGAUCCCGGUCUACUUUUCGGAUUUGCAACGACGGGCUUACCUCGAUGCGGCAUCCAUCGCUGGGCUUCAUCCUUUGCGACUCAUGCACGAGACCACCGCGACAGCGCUGGCUUAUGGGAUUUACAAGACCGAUCUGCCAGAGGGCGAUCCAGUUCACGUAGCCUUCGUCGACGUUGGCCAUGCUAGCACCCAGGUCUGCAUCGUGGCUUUCAAAAAGGGUCAGCUCAAAAUUCUUGGGACUGGCUUCGAUGCCUCCCUCGGAGGCCGAGACUUCGACGAGCUUCUCUACAUUCACUUUGCGUCGACUUUCAAGGAGGAGUAUAAGAUCGACGUGAGAUCCAACCCGAAAGCUAGCCUCAGACUCAGGGGUGCGUGUGAGAAGGUGAAGAAGAUUCUCAGUGCCAAUGCGGUUGCUCCCAUCAGCAUCGAGUGCCUCAUGGACGAGAAGGACGUCAAGGGGAUGAUCAAGCGGGAGGACUUUGAGCAGCUGGCGGCGCCAUUGCUGAACAGAUUCAAGUCGCCGCUGGAGAAGGCGCUAGUGGAGUCGAAGAUACCGCUGGAAAAGAUCAACUCGGUGGAAGUUGUGGGGUCUGGUUCCAGGAUCCCGGCUAUUCUACGCAUCCUGGCUUCGUUUUUUAAUAAGGAGCCCGGUCGGACACUCAACGCCAGCGAGUGUAUAGCCAGGGGAUGCGCUCUGCAAUGCGCGAUGCUCAGUCCAACAUUCAAAGUCCGAGAUUUUGAGGUGCAAGACUCGUUCCCUUUUCCAAUAGCGCUCUCUUGGAAGGGCCCUGCACCGGAGUCUGAAGAUGACAAUCCCAACAGCAUUGUCUUUGUGAAGGGAAAUCUCAUCCCAAGCACCAAGAUGCUGACUUUUUUCCGAUCUGGGACAUUUGCUAUUGACGUCAUGUAUGCGGAUAUGAGCGAGCUGCCGGCUGGUGUUGGUCCUAAAAUCAGUACAUUCACGAUUGGGCCAUUCACACCUACUAGGUCCGAGAAAGCGAAAAUCAAGGUUAAGAUCCGCCUAAAUCUUCAUGGCAUAGUUUCCGUGGAGUCUGCUACAAUGGUCGAGGAAGAGGAGGUCGAAGUUCCGGUUACGAAGGAACCGAUUGCGAUGGAGACGGAUAAAGAGGACGACAAGGGUGAUGUUCCUAUGGAAGAAGGCGAUGCUAAAGUGGAAAGUGCGGAGGGUACUGACAAUGGAGCACCUCCAAUGGAGGAACCAGUUGAAACUCAGAAGGCCGAGCCUGUUAAGAAGAAGAAGACGAAACGGACGGAUGUCCCGGUUACGGAGACGGUUCCCUGUGGAUUGCCUCCAGCGGAGCUCCAGAAAGCCGUGGAGAAGGAGUACGAGUAUGCCCUUCAGGAUAGAGUUAUGGAAGAAACCAAAGACAGAAAGAAUGCAGUGGAAGCCUACGUCUAUGACAUGCGGAACAAGCUCUACGAGAAGCUGCAUGACUAUGUCACGGAUUUUGAGAAGGAGGAGCUAACAGCAAAGCUCCAGCAAACAGAGGACUGGCUGUACGAGGAAGGCGAGGACGAAAUCAAGAGCGUCUACGUUGCAAAGCUCGCUGAGCUGAAAAAGCUCGGGGAUCCCAUAGAAGAACGGCAGAGAGAAGAGGAGACCCGCGCUCCAUCCGUCAACACGUUGCUAUACUGCAUCAACAGCUUCCGAGAGGCCGCGCUUUCCAAGGACCCCAAGUUUGAUCACAUCGACCCGGCGGAGAAAGAAAAGGUGGUUGUGGAGUGUAACAAGGCGGAGGAAUGGUUGCGAGACAAGAAGCAUCAGCAAGACGGUCUCGCUCGGUCUGUGAACCCGGUAUUGUUAUCGGCGGACAUCAAAAAGAAGGCCGAAGUUUUGGACCGGUUUUGCAAGCCGAUAAUGACGAAACCAAAGCCGGCGCCUCCAAAGGCGGCGGCGCCAGCGGCGGAAGCCAAGUCCGCGGCGGAGAACAAGGAGAGCAAGGCGGAGCAAGCAGCCGGCGGUGCUCCACAAGCCGAGGACGCGGGCGGCGCCGUUGAUCCCAUGGACACUGAUCACAACAAUCCGGAGCAGGAAGGCAGCCAAAGCGAGUGACUAUGACUUCCGUACCACCUUACAGUACGUGAUAAGCCAAGAGGGAAGAGCAUUAGCUGAGAAAGAAAAAGAAAAAAGAGAAUUUACCCCGGGUGUGUGAUUAUGGGCGAAAGAGAGGCGUCCUUUUUUUUUACGUAAGUAGUUUUGAUUCAUUUUAAAGUGGGUUUAGCUACAAACUUCCACGUA